GUGUUCACUGAUCCACCGGAAACUUUAUAUCAAAUUUUGACAAUGCAUCCAAUUCCAACUCUUCCAGCCAAACCAUCACCCAAUAUACUAUACAGCUUACAAGCAGAGCAAGAAGAACUUCGUAAGAUUGAUGAAGCUUACAGAAAAGUUCAAGAGCAAAUGACUUUAUAUAAAAAUAGAAAUGAUAAAAUAACAAAGGAAUUAGAAGAAGUUAAAGCAGAGUUAGAACGUACCAAAAAGUAA